CCAACCACCGCCUACCUAGGGCUGUACGGACACAUUAUACAUACGCGGUGGUUAUGAUUUUGGUCGUAUGUUUGGAUGGUUCCCGUCACUAUACGCUCCUUUCUCCCGCAUAGUUUCCGUUUUAUGCAUUGCAUGGAAACUCGCAUUCGUACACUUAUCCAACUGUCCCUCAGCCAUACUUUCGGUCCGCAGUGAGCCGUCCUGCUCGUUUGGAGCGCUUUUCAACUUGAUUGCCAAGGCGAUGUCAGCAAAGUCGCUGAGUGCAUCGAAGUAUGCUACACGAACGGCCGCCGAAGGUGUUGCUAUAUCUCGUUCGGAGCGACUCAAGCAGGGAAAAGAAAGGGCCACGCGCUUGUUGAUCCGCUUGAAGUGGAAGGCGGACUCUCUGGCAUCCUCAUACGCACGUGCAGUCGAAAUAUUGAACAGCGAACAACCUGCAGAUGAACGUCCUGUCGCCCAGCAAGGAUACAGUUUCACAUUCUUUCAAGGGAUGAGUAGUAAGCAAGCCGAGUCCAUGUUCAAGGUCGACUUCUUUGAGUUCUACACUCUUCUGGAGCGAUAUUUGACGGUCUGUCUCGCACUUUUUGGCAUCUUCGUAUCAGGGAAUGCUCCAAGGUCGAACCUGAUCGGCUUGCGUCUUCUGACUGAUCCGGACUAUGCCAAGAGAAAGCUCCAAGCCGAUCACCAGUUCCAUGCCAACCUCCUGGAUGCUCUGACCGAUACCAAGAAUCCACUUUGUCCUGCUCUGGGUCAUCAGGACAUCCAAAUGCAGCUUGCUCUUGCGAAGGACUACCGGAACCGCUGGAAGGAUGCAGACGAGAAGCUCCUCUCCUCGCAGUGGCAAAAUGUCCAUGGUGAGGAAACUUUGGGUAUCAGGCUGAAGGAUCUGGGACUUGGUGUUAUGGUGCGAACGAUUCUCAGUGGCUGUGAGCAUGCCCUUGACAUCGUCCUUAACCAAACCAGUAAUUACUCUUUCGUGGGAUCGACAUUGUCUCAAGUUGGAUCCGAGGAGUGCAGCCUUCAAGAAGCGAUGGACAUGGACGAUAUGCCCUUCGAGUUCAUGGAUGAUGCGAUGGAGCUGGACUGAGACCGAAGACCUGUGUCUUAUGGCAACAUUGUCUAGGUAUGGACGAAAAGGUAGCUACACUCUACAUCUUCAGAAGCGCCAGUAUGUUGUCUAUCAGUCUC